AUGGGGGCAACUGUCAGCAAUCUCGCUGAUCUCUCAACUAACCCCUUCCUGAUAAAAUUAGUGGGCCAAGAGAGUAUCCAAGUAAAUAAUGAGUAUUGGACUAAUUUCCUCUCGUUCGACUUUCCUACGCCCUUAACUAAUGACGUGAAUGAUUUCAAAAUGGCUAGAAAUGCCCUGUUGGUGAUUCGUCUUUUUAGCAAGUUCAUUGUGGAAAAUCCAACUAAUCAUGGAAUAGAGCUUCAUUUCGCGGAGCCCGCCGUCAGUUCCGAGUACUUUGUCCAUCUGUUGUUUCGUUUAAUAAUAGAUGUAACACCAAACAAUGAAAGUUAUGCCUUGCUAUAUGAAGUCGUCUGCACCAUGUUGGUCUUCCUCUCGGCCCAGGUCUCAAGAUACGGGGCCGACGAAGUUCCCGUUAGCUGUGGAUACUUUAUCUUCAAAAAGUGCCUGGCGGACGCUCCUUCACUAGUACGGCAACUUCUCAUCUUUGUGUACGAGAAUAUGCCUUGUCCUCCGAGCAUGCUCGAAUCUUCCAAUCAGUCUGGAAUUCUGUGGAAUGCAGCAUCAACACUUGCAAGCGGUCUCCUCUCGGUCCUUACUCUUGGCUUUGCCCGUCGACAGAGUAAACCGGUGCCGCCAGACGACAGUCAGGCGGACGCACCCUUCCUGAAUCCUCUGGCCAAACAGAGCUGCUUCCUUCUCCUUGUACUUACAAUACAAUCGAACGGCUUUACACAGGCCGCGGAUGACUCGGAGACAAUUGCGGACGAACGGGGCUCCAGGAGCAUUUUCAGGAUUCUGGGCAACAAUCCCUAUAGGACGGCUCUUUUCACCCUGGCUUCGGAUGAGCCGGCCUCCCUCGCAGCGCCUGGAUCUAGUCAAUCUCCCAAGAAAGACCAGGCCUCCGAGCCUGCUUUGACAGUCAACUUUGAAGCCAUCUGCGACACCCUCGCUCUCACGAUAGAAUCUGAUUCCUCAGUUCUAUUGCUUUACCUAUUGCUCCACCGCAAUGACGUCUUUCGCGCUCGCAUCAUGGAAAAAAGGUCUUAUGAAAAAUUC